UCUGUUUUAAAUUGAUACAUUUAGUUGAUACAUUUUUUAAUUUAUUUUCUAUUAAUCACCAAGUAGUGUUCAUUGUUAUGCAUUAUUGCUGGCUUCCCUGGGUCAUUUCUCAUCACAGUGAGCUUGUCUUAUUGGUAUUCUACUUCAGCUUGGCUAUUCCUGUUUAUUUACUUGUUGAGUUACAACAUGUUGUGCCUUACAGUAUAUAUUGUCUGAAGCCUUGACAUGUUGGAUCCUCCCUCGUGCUCUAUAAUUGGAGGGCCUGGGUGUCACUUAACUUUGUGUCAGCUCCAGCUGUCAGCCUGGCUUGAAGCUUCAGCUUAACAAACAGCUUGUGUCUGUGAAGCCAUGGCAUUAAGCGAUGAUGAAGGGUCUGUGGAAGAGAAGGAACCCCCCAAGAAAAAGAUCGGUCCUGUGGCUACGGCAUGGCUCACCUUUUACAACAUUGCCAUGACAGCUGGGUGGCUCGUUCUUGCCAUAGCCAUAAUCCGAUUUUAUGCGGAAAAAGGAACACACAAGGGUUUGUACAGAAAUAUACAGAAGACGCUUAAAUGUUUCCAGACAUUUGCUUUACUUGAGCUGGUCCACUGCGCACUGGGAAUAGUGCACACAUCGGUGCUAGUAACAGGGGUCCAAGUCAGUUCAAGGGUCUUCAUGGUCUGGUUUAUUACAAGCAGUAUAAAGCAGGUCCAGAGUGAAGAUAGCGUUCUUAUUUUUCUUGUCGUAUGGACUGUGACAGAGAUCACACGAUAUUCCUACUACACAUUCAAACUUCUCAACCACUUGCCAUACUUCAUUAAAUGGGCCAGGUAUAAUUUAUUUAUUGUAUUGUAUCCUGUUGGUGUUGUUGGGGAACUCCUGACUAUUUAUGCUGCUUUGCCCCACGUUCGGAAGAGUGCAAUGUAUUCUCUGAGACUUCCCAACAAGUACAACGUUUCUUUUGACUACUACUACUUCCUGAUCAUCGCAAUGUGUUCUUAUAUACCAUUAUUCCCCCAACUGUACUUCCACAUGCUGCGCCAGAGAAGGAGAGUUCUACACGGAGAAGUGAUCAUGGAGAAGGACGAUUAACCCAAAUCAUUCAGGAGGCCGCUAAUCCUGGAUAUCCUUGUAUCAUAUACAAUGGACAUUCUUCUCCUUAUUUUUUAAUCAACUUAAAACUAUUGUAAUAUCAACUUUAUAUGUUCCAGUUAUCGUGCUCUGUCCCUUUCCCUAUUUUUUUAAGUUAUAAAACAAUAACCACAUCAAGUGAUGUUUUCAUUAGGAUUCGUUCGUACUCAUAGGGUAAAGUCUCGAAGGGGUAAAGUCUCGUAGGGGUAAAGUCUCGUAGGGGUAAAGUCUCGUAAGGGUAAAGUCUCGUAAGGGUAAAGUCUCGUAAGGGUAAAGUCUCGAAGGGUAAAGUCUCGUAGGGUGAAACAAGAGCAGAAAAUCCAAAAUGCUCUAUAUUGAGAUCUUUACAUUGUGUUUCUUUGCUCUAUUGUAUGUUGGUUGGACAUUGCUGCUGAGUUAGUGAGAACAAGUAUAACAGAAACGGAUUAGCACAAAGAGCUACACUCAGAUGCAACCAAUAUUCACUUGGCUAAAGUUUCCUAUAAGCAGCGCCAAGCCUGUACAUGACCAACUUCAUUAACCAACAUUAAUUAAAUCCAUUCAAUGGAAUACAAUAAACACAUUCAGGAAUGUCAUUGAUUAUUUAUCUCUGGGUUUCCAAGAUGGUCUAUCCCUCUGACUUGAUUAUUGGCAUCAGUAAAGAUAGAAUGUCUGGAGAGGUGAGAACUGACUCACUAAUCGUUCAACUUCACUCCAUUAUUGCAGGAAAUCCGAUGUUCAAUACGUUUGAAUGGGGAAGCCUUAACCAGGUGUCACAGGCACUGGAAACAUGGCAAGUGUUAGUGGUUUGCUUAAUAGAUUUAUACUCGAUUAAAAAGACAAUCCCUAAUUAACACUCAUAUCACCUAAUGUUUAAUAUAAUCUAUACAUGACAUAAGCCUUUUGCCAUGAUUUUUUUUUUUUUUUGCUAUGUCCCAUUAAAGAAAGAACGUUUUUGUUCCCUUUGUUUUUGUAUGAAAUUUACAAUAAAACCUAAUUGCCUAGGUUA